CAAAACCGCACUAAACCUCCUUCAUCAAAUCGAUCUGCCCAAACAAGCCACAAUCUUCGGUGCCGCAAUCUAUUAGCGAUAUACAUCGCAAGACAUGGUCACGUCUAUUUUGGAGUAACAAUCCAAUUUCCUGUCUAAAUGCUGACUGCAUGAGCAAAUGGGGUCAACCAUCUAGUAUUUUGGUCUUGAUUAGCUCCGUUGUAUCUUGUAUUGUUUCACAUAGUAUAAAUAUCGCUGUUGUCACUUUUCAUUUAACUUGUCAUGCGAUAUACGCAACUGUGCAUUUAACCAUUGUCUACUCUGAUGCUUACAGAAUAGAACGUUUACUAUUCCCAUCGGUACCUUCGUCACCAAAGGGACAUUUAUUUUGAUACUUUGCAAGACACUCGGCUAGAUUGGAAAUACGCAGUUUCAAAAGUCGAUAGAUCACCCUGUCCAGGAUGAAUAGCUACGAACAGGACAAACUGGACACCCUAGGAUUGGGACAACCUAAGCGGUUCAUCACCGAUCACGACGCUCAAGGUAGAUCUAUCUUCAGCAAUGCUUUCACCGAAGAAGUCCCAUCUACUCCAAAGCCUGGCGCGGUUGUUCACGACGUUUUCGUAUCGACCCAAACGCCUGCGCAAAUGAACAACGGCGAGGACCUCAAGGCAAUGGCAGAUCUGCCUCCGGUUGAGGGCAUCUCACGUCCUGGCGCGACCACCAUGCGUUUCGUCGACUUCCUCCCUGGUUUGCCAGCUAUCAUGCACCGAACUCACACCAUCGACUUCGGUGUGGUCAUUUCUGGUGAGCUGGAGCUCAUCUUGGAUUCUGGAGAGAAAAGGAUGCUAAAGCCGGGCGAUACUGUCGUGCAGAGAGGCACAAACCAUGCGUGGAGGAAUCCGGACCCAAGGAAGACAACAAGAUGUUUGUUUGUUAUGGCUCCUUGUGAGCCUCUGAUUGUGAACGGAACGCAGUUGGGGGAGAGCUUUGAGCAUCCUCAAAACUGAAGUCGCGCCAACUUCGUGGUUUCAAACCCGUAGAAAACCCUUAUUCGUUUUACAGCUUCUAAGCGUCAUGCGAAUAAUUAUGAUUUGUAGUUUACAAGAGAAAUAAACACAAUGAUAUAGUACGAA